GUCACGUGACGUCAGCCUGUGGGCAGGAGAGGCGUUGGAGAGUUUCGCCCGGUUGUCAUUCCCAGAGCAAGAAGAGGGUGUGAUCGACAUUUACCUGUUCAGACUUACCUGGUGCUCUUGCUGUAUAUGUCGGUCGUCGAGUUUCCUCUGCUGUACGACUUUAAACACUGGCUUCACUUAGGAGUAAAACAGAGAAGGCAUUAAAGGAUGCUAAGAGGGUCCUGACGCGUGGCCCCAACAUGAGUGUGACGUCAUGGUUCCUGGUCAGCAGCUCUGGCACACGCCACCGGUUGCCACGGGAGAUGAUCUUCGUUGGCAGGGAUGACUGCGAGCUAAUGCUGCAGUCCCGCAGUGUGGAUAAACAGCACGCCGUAAUCAAUUACGACGAGAACUCGGACGAGCACAUGGUGAAGGACCUGGGCAGCCUGAACGGGACAUUUGUGAAUGACCUAAGAAUCCCAGACCAGACGUACAUCACUCUCAAGCUCUCUGAUGUCAUCCGUUUUGGCUAUGAUGCUCAUGUAUAUAUCCUGGAGAGGAGUCAACACAAGGUCCCAGAGGAAGCUCUUAAACACGAGAAGUACACCAGCCAGUUGCAGCUUAGUAUUAAAGCCCUGCAGGCCAAAGCGAAGGAAAAGCAGCAGCUCCAGAGCUCGGAGAAGAGCAACAACUCUGUGUCCAAACUUCAAGACAGGGCCGAGAGAAAAGCCCAGUCUCUUACAGCUUCCACAGAUUCUCCCAUAUCCAAGCCCACUCCUCUCUAUGGCCAACCAUCCUGGUGGGGGGAGGAUGAGGAAGCAGCCAACAAAUCCAAGAACAGAGGUGGGAAAUCUCCAGAACAGGAGUAUCCAGAGCCUGCUAAAGACGUGUCCAGAUAUGAGCUCAACGGUUCUCUGUCCGACAGUAACGCCAAGUCCAUCCUGUCGUACCGCCGGGAGCCCAGCUACUUUGAGAUCCCAACAAAAGAAUUACAGCAGCGAGCUGCCAAGAAACCUGAGUCACAGGUCAACGAGGUUCCCACCAAAGACACUUCAGAUCCCGCUGAUGUGGUCUCCUCUACCCCCACGCCCCCCGUGGUCCAAAGCCACGCCUCCUUCACCAUCGAAUUUGAUGAAUGCACGCCAGGGAAAAUGAUGAUCAAGGACCACGUGACAAAGUUCUCUUUCCGCCAGCAGCACAAGCCACCUUCCACAGAGCACGUCACCACGCCCUCUGAGGUGAUCUCAGCAGAAAGCAAAGUUGCUGAUUGGCUGGUCCAAAGCAAUGCUAGCAUGAUGAGGCGGAAGUCCAUGGCUGAAGACAUGUAUGGCACAAACGGUGACUCAUCACUUCUGAGGAUCACCAAAGCUAACUACGGAGAAGAUGGUACUGAUGUUGAAUCAAGAGAUCCUGCUAUCAAUGGGAGUGAUUUCCUCCAAUCAGAUCCUGUGAUUGGGUCCCAUGUGUCCCCACAGCCCCUGAGAGCCUCCCCACCACAGCGCCUCGCCUCCCCUGACUCUGAGGAGGAGUUGUCCCGCUCUCCACCAGAGCUUCAGUCCCUAUCCAGUCUCGGCAAGGCUGAGCCUCACCAGGCCUUCGUCAUUGAAUUCUUUGAUGAAAGCCCCAGAAAGAAGCGCUCCCAGUCCUUCACCAACAACACCUCUCCCCCUGAGUCCUCCUGCCUCAGGGUCCCUUUGGAUAAGGUGAAGAAAAGCACAAGCCCAGCGGUGGAGAGACGAGGCCAAACUCCAGCCUCCGCCACCCCCCCAACCAAACGAUACACUGUCCCUCUAAAGGGCCCGGCUCCCACAGGCUUCCAGAGAGCAGGCUCUCUACGCAGGGAAAAGACAGAGGACCGGAUGAGCAUCGGCUAUUCCUCUCGCUCUUCUUCCUCGGUUUCUGUAAGGCCCUUCAGCAGUGUGGGCCGGAGGUCUAAACUCGCCCAGGAAUUUACUACUGAAUUUCUCAAACAAGCCAAGCAAUCCUCGUGUGCUAGCUGGGAGGAAAAUGCAUCUGGCCCCCCCACAGCAGCUAAAACAGAGACAGUGCCCAUAUCCCAGACCAGUCCUGCUCCUUCUAAAGCUCCAUACCAGCCCCAGACUUCCUCUCCUAUCGGCCAGCCUGUCGCCCUCAAAGCCCCUGUGAAGCCCCCGGUAUCUCAGAGUGUGGAGGUCAAAAGCCCCGCUGUCGAUCCCAGACCUGAGGAGGAGGACAGCUUGAGUGACGCAGGAACCUACACCAUUGAAGCCGAUGAUAAAGAUCUAGGAGAGGCCCGGACCAAGAUUGACCAGAGCCCAGAGCGAACCAACCACACUGAAGCAGAUUCCUCCUCAGAGUUUAGUCCUGUUCUAGUAGAGAGCAGGGAGCAGCAUAGGCAGAGUAGCUGUGGGGAGGUGAGGCCAGCUGCAGAGCAGGGACAGAGUCUGGUGACGGUCCAGGCAGCAGGUGCAGUGUUGCAGGGGGCUCCUAAGUGGAUGUCUUGCUGGGCCAGCCUGGCAGACAGCUACACAGACCCUGGCCCUUCGUCUGGCCUCUUUGACAUCUCCUCCCAGAUGGAGCUGUCAGCGGGGGCUCGAGGGUCCAUCACCAGCAAGCUACACAACGACAGCGGCGACUCCGACAGUUCAAGAACUCGCCGCAUCCUGCCCCAGGUGCCGCAGUGGGAGAAGAGUGACAUUACAACUCCCAGCAUUCAUGUUCAUUAUGACCCGCAUUCCACAUUUGAUGUAGAGAGGGGCUCGGCGACCCCCAGGUUUCAGGAGGGCCUUCACAGGUUAUCGGUGCAGGACGACGUAGAGCCCGACAGCCUGAGCGAUGCCAGCAGGUCAGAUGACGGAUCCAUCGUUGAGCAAAGGAGGAGACAGCCGGCUGACACAGAAGAGAAGAAGAAUGAACUCUCAACCAAGGCUACGUCAUUCUACAUCGGGUCUGAGGAGUCACAACCUGAUUGUGGGGGAUCAAACUCAAGCACUGAAAAAAAACAUGGUACCAAAACUUUCUCAACAGCUACCCUCACGAAACCCAAAGGAAGCCCGGACUCGGGAAAAGUCAAGCCCACUAUGUCGGCUCCUGUCCUACGUCAGAGUCCAGAGUCCACUGAGGGCAGCGUCUCUCCGUUAAUCAGACAAGAGAGCUACACUAAGGAGCGGCCGAGCAGCGCCAGAUUACCCAACGUCCCGUCUUUUCAGAGAGACUCUGAAUCUUUCCAGGGAGCCGUCAAUCAGGACACACAUUCCUUCCUCAAGGAGACGGAGGAUGUCCUGGCUUCCCUGGAGGCCAAACUCCAAGCAGGACAAUCAGAGAAAACUCCAUCUCCUGUGAUGGACUGUGUGUCUACGGAGUCUGACGUGGAUACCUCCAGCACUGUGAGCCAGCAUAGCAAUAACACCAGGUCAAACAUACAGACGAGUAGAAGCUCUGCCAGUGGCCUCAAUAGGGAGCGCUCUUCAGCCAGUAUAGCUAGUCAGGACUCAAAUUACCAGUCCACUGCAUCGGAGAAGCGGCGCAAUCUGGGAGUGGAUAGCAACAAUCAGACCGGGUUUUUAAGGAGGCCAGUUGGACUCAGGCGUAGCGUCGGGAAACACGGCUCCACAGAUCUGAGUGACGACCCGCAGAGCUUACCUUACUCUGAUCAGGAGUCCAACAGCUACCAAACCCGCAAAAAAUACACAGUGCCCCUUCAGAAGGAGGACUCCAAGAACUCCAGAGCGUCCAUGGCCUUGAGUCGGGCAAACAGCUUGACAGCCCCGAGACCCACCAGGGCGUCCAUGCUCCGCCGGGCUCGCCUGGGAGAGGCUUCAGACAACGAGGGCACCGAGACGGACAGGAUGUCCCAGGAGGUCGGCAACGCCCCGGCUAAGCACCCCCAGGAAACCAAGAAGCUGUCCAGGCUGGAUAUGCUGGCGAUGCCUCGUAAGCGGGCGGGCUCGUUCAACACCCCCAGCGACACCGAGUCCGCCUCAGCCCCACAGUGGACCGGCAGGGGCUCGGGAUUCUCCAACCGCAGCACGGAGUCUGGCGGCAGCUCGGCCCGGAGGGCCUCCACUCCGGGGCCGAAGCCUGCAGAGAGGCAGCAGAAAGCCCCACCCAACAAGGCUCCUAUCACCCGGGGACGCUCAAGCAGUGCCAAGUACACCGGCAGCACCACCAGCUCCAGGAGACGUCAGAAAGGCUCUGACUACGCCUCUACCUCAGAUGAGGAGUAUGACUCAAACCAGAGCACUCCCAAACACAAACGCUCCCAACCUUCCUCAGUCCACAGCCCUCGUCAUCAGCCUCGGCCUCAGCCCGUGGUCGCGCUGCGUCCGAAACCCCGCAGCAGAGACUCCGAGGACGAGAACAAUGAAGGAGAGGCCUAUAGUAAUUGGUCCAAUCACAGUUCUGAGAUUGCAAGGUUGAGUCAGGACCUGGCUAAAGACCUAGCUAUCUUGGCGAGAGAGAUUCAUGACGUGGCGGGUGAUGGUGAUCCAGCGAACCCCGGAGAAGAGAUCAGUGCGCCUGUCUCCACAGUAACCACUCAUGAACAGCUGGUUCAUCUUAUUCCUGAGGCUGGACUAAACUCCCAGAGAGUGCCACCAAAUUCUAAACCUGCAAGGGAACCGGAGCAGAGUGACCAUGAAGUGAGCUCCAGGCAGCGAGCCCGGAGCAGAGACGAGGUCAUUGUGGACAAUCUGAUGCUGAAUCCAGUGUCUCAGAUCACCAUGGCUAUCAGAGAAAACACUGAGCAACUCGCUGACAAAAUCAAGGUACUGUUCCAGGACAGGAUGGAUAUCUGGGAAGAAAUUGAUGCAAAGGUUAAUUCUGACAAUGAGGUUCCUGUGGUCCAAACGUCCAACAAGGAAAUCACAUCCAUCUUGAUAGAACUCAGGAGAGUACAGCGACAACUUGAGGUCAUAAACACAGUCAUGGAGCCCAGUGGGCAGAUUGAAUCAUCCAGGGCCUCGGCGUCUUCUUCAUCCGGAGUUCGGCCCUCCAGACCCCCCGCCUCACGAGACUGGAGGACGGUCCACUCUGCCUCCAGACGUGGCGGCGGCCCGAGGCCCAGCGAGAGUGUGAGGAGAGCAGCUGUGACACCAGACGAUGUCAGAGCGGGAUAUCUGGUGUGAGACCGACCCGCAGUUUCCACCAGAUCUGCUGCUGUAACUCCACACACAGGUGUCGGACCGUUACACACAAUAUGAAACCGGGGGGGGAAGUGAGACUGUAAACACAGAAGUGUCUCCUCCUGUACCUCCACACUACUGCACUAUAAGCACUACACACCCACACGGAGGUGUAAUUGACCUAAACACCCUUGGAGUACACUCAGUGCGAGGCCUACUUAUGAGCUGAAGGUUUGAGAAAGUACCAAAUAUUUUCAUAACCCUCACCUCGACAAGGCCUUCAAACUAUACUUGAUUCUCUGGUAAAGGUCUUUAUUUACCAGAGAUAUUAUGAGCAACAUUGCUGAUUUUAAAGAUUUUCUAUUUAUCGUCCUGAGCAUAAUCGUCUCAGGGAAAUCUAUGAGUAUAUAAGAUGUCUAUGUUUAGUGACAAAUCGCAUUUAUGAGGAAAUAUUGAUAUUUCUUUCGGGUAGAGAGAACUGCAGAAUUGAGCGUACUGUGUACUCCAAACCCUUUGAUUCUCCUUUUUGUUUCCUUCCAAUGUUUUUGUCUUUCUCUGCAUCGUCUCUCUUUGUGGAUCAGAUUUAUCAACAGAUGUAAAAGGUAUUUAUUAGGGAGCUCUUUUGUGUGACAUAGUAUCUCAGACAACAAGAUAAUUAGUGCCAGGACAAUUUAUGUUAUAUAACACUGUUGCUACCAGACUGAGUCUUUAUCCAGUGUAGCGACUCGGUCCUGGCCCUCCUCAGUGGACGGACACUAUAUUUUGUCCAGCUGGAGAUUAAAAAGGAAUGUGUGGUCCAGCUGGUAGGAGGGACUCGGUAUUGUCACCUGGCAACCACACACUCAAGCGGCUAUAAAUCCAGGGUUUCCCAGCGUUCCUGGCCUCUUUACCUUCUUUAAAAGAGAGGGUUUUUUAUUUGUGUUAAACACAGUUGGGGGAUUAAAGCUAGUUUUUGUUUUCCAUGCCUGAAGUGCUGAGUCGGCUCAGAGGUUUGGCCAAAGACAAUCAUAGAAAGACUGACAGGAAUUAGUGUCCUUUAUGUGUUUACACUGAGCUAAUUACAUCACAGCUACAGUAAAUACUCUGUACUCCCAAGAGCUAUCAGAGCCGGGGGUAAGAUCUGUGGUUACAAGGUCACUUCUGAUAGGUCCUCACAUGACAGAAGUAAUGUAAAUGUAGCAUUUAAGUGACAGUCAGCUUAAAUCUGAAAGUAUAAAUCUAAUGAGUAGUUUGUGACAUUGUGUUCUAUAUGUAAAUAUCUAAAGAUAUAUGUACGUUAUAGAAAUUACCUCUCAAUCAUGUCUUUUGCACAUUAUCCCCCUCGACUUUAUAAAGCUGCAAACUGGAUCCCUCUCUGUCCUGACUGAAUGUAAACAGUUGAUGCUGUGGGAGUCGAAUCAGGUUAUGACGAUGAACCAGUGCACCAGCACAAGUCUGUCCCCCCCCCUCCCAGAGUCCAGAUUGUACAUGUGAUUUUAAUUGGGAAGUACCUUCAGUGCCACAGAGCUGUGGGACAGUGGUUGUUUACAAACUCAAGCUAGUGUUGAAUGUUUGUCCUUUUGAGCUCACUUGCUCAAAGUGUUGCUGCUAUUCUUAUCUCCUUUGCUUUACUCCAUCUUAGUCUAAGCUACAGCAGGUUUGAGAGCUGAAAUGUAAUUCUUGUUUGUCAAAUUUGUAACUUCUUUUUUGAUAUUCAAUUUAUUUUUCCCCUCAUUUUACCCAGAAUGAUUUUUGCUGUAAUCUUGCUGUCUUGUAAACUGGUAUUUAUGUUUUGUGUAAUCGGUUAGAGAAUGAUUGUAGGUUUUUCAAAUAAAGUUAAACAUUAAAGUUC